CACCGAAUCGGCCGGGAGAGCCGAGGGAGAAUCCGGGUGGAAGCCGAGAAACCCAGAGCCCAUCACAGCGCGGGUCCGCCCCGGCCUCCGCCCCGGGGCGCUCGCCGCCCGCUGCCCCGCGGCCCAGUAGGGAUUGAGCUGUGGCUGGAUCGAGCCCUGCGCGCACGGCCAGGCUCCGCGGAGCUUUUUUCUAGGUGAACAGAGCAGACAUUGUCCCUGGUGUGGACGUGAAGCUGCCACUUAAGUGGUGGGCCAGAAUCAACAAACCAAUCAUAUGCAUGUACAAGGUUGCAUGAAGCACUUGGAGUAAAACAAAGCUGAGUUAGAGAUGGAAAAUGUGAUUUGAGGGUGUGGCUGUGCCAGUCAGGUGCAGCCGUGUGAAGUAAGGAGUGUGGAACCACUGAGAAGGCACAGCCAAGUGCAGAGGAACUGAGCAGCUGCCUGGAGCUCCUGGAACUCUGCCCUGUGGCUCUCCCAAGUGAGUGGCAUGCGGCCCCCUUUGGCUGGCCCUGUGUCCUCUGGCCUGCUGCCCAGCCCCCCCAAGAGGCCCUGACGCCCUGGGGCACUUCUGCACUGCGCAGGACCAAGUGCAGGUUUGCCAUGGUGACAUAAAGGGGCACAGAGGAAGGAAGGAAGGAGCAAGACCAGCCUAUAGACUGCGCCCCUGGCAGGGAGAAAGGCCAGGGCCCGGAUCCUCCACUCCCAUUGCCCACUGAGGGCUUUGCUUCAUAAGUCUCUGUGUAUUUCUUGGUCAGUGGACAACUCUCGUGUCUCCUGUGUGGGGGCCCUGGGGUGGCCAGGGCAGGCCAGGCCACCUGUGGCUGAGGUCUUGGGGACCAGGAUGCCUGCCCUGGCGUGCCUCCGGAGGCUUUGUCGGCACGUGUCCCCACAGGCUGUCCUUUUUCUGCUGUUCAUCUUCUGCCUGUUCAGUGUUUUUGUCUCGGCCUACUACCUGUAUGGCUGGAAGCGGGGCCUGGAGCCCUCGGUGGACGCCCCUGAGUCUGACUGCGGGGACCCCCCACCUGUGGCCCCCAGCCGCCUACUGCCGCUCAAGCCUGUGCAGCCGGUUACCCCUUCUCGCACAGACCCUCUGGUCCUAGUGUUUGUAGAAAGCCUGUACUCACAGCUGGGCCAGGAGGUGGUGGCCAUCCUAGAGUCCAGCCGCUUCAAAUACCGCACAGAGAUUGCGCCGGGCAAGGGGGACAUGCCCACGCUCACCGACAAGGGCCGUGGCCGCUUUGCCCUCAUCAUUUACGAGAACAUCCUCAAGUACGUCAACCUGGAUGCCUGGAAUCGGGAGCUCCUAGACAAGUACUGUGUGGCCUAUGGUGUGGGCAUCAUCGGCUUCUUCAAGGCCAAUGAGAACAGCCUGCUGAGCGCACAGCUCAAGGGCUUCCCCCUGUUCCUGCACUCAAACCUGGGCCUGAAGGACUGCAGCAUCAAUCCCAAGUCCCCACUGCUCUAUGUGACGCGGCCCAGCGAGGUGGAGAAGGGCGUGCUGCCUGGCGAGGACUGGACUGUGUUCCAGUCGAACCACUCCACCUAUGAGCCGGUGCUGCUGGCCAAGACGCGCUCGUCCGAGUCCAUCCCCCACCUGGGUGCCGACGCCGGCCUGCACGCUGCGCUGCACGCCACGGUGGUGCAGGACCUGGGCCUCCAUGAUGGCAUCCAGCGUGUGCUGUUUGGCAAUAACCUCAACUUCUGGCUGCACAAACUCGUCUUUGUGGAUGCUGUGGCUUUCCUCACUGGGAAGCGCCUGUCACUGCCUUUGGACCGCUACAUACUGGUGGACAUCGAUGACAUCUUUGUGGGCAAGGAGGGGACACGCAUGAAGGUGGAGGACGUGAAGGCCCUGUUUGACACACAGAAUGAGCUACGCACGCACAUCCCAAACUUCACCUUCAACCUGGGCUACUCAGGGAAAUUCUUCCAUACAGGUACGGAUGCUGAAGAUGCGGGGGAUGACCUGUUGCUGUCAUAUGUGAAGGAGUUCUGGUGGUUCCCCCACAUGUGGAGCCACAUGCAGCCCCACCUUUUCCAUAACCAGUCAGUGCUGGCUGAGCAGAUGGCCCUGAACAAGAAGUUCGCUGUCGAGCAUGGCAUCCCUACAGACAUGGGGUACGCAGUGGCACCCCAUCACUCGGGCGUGUACCCUGUGCACGUGCAGCUGUAUGAGGCAUGGAAGCAGGUGUGGAGCAUCCGCGUGACCAGCACAGAGGAGUACCCACACCUCAAGCCAGCCCGCUACCGCCGUGGCUUCAUCCACAAUGGCAUCAUGGUCCUCCCGAGGCAGACGUGUGGCCUCUUUACACAUACUAUCUUCUAUAAUGAGUACCCUGGUGGCUCCAGCGAGCUGGACAAAAUCAUCAAUGGAGGCGAGCUCUUUCUCACAGUGCUCCUCAAUCCUAUCAGCAUCUUUAUGACACACCUGUCCAACUACGGGAACGACCGCCUGGGCCUGUAUACCUUUAAGCACCUGGUGCGCUUCCUGCACUCCUGGACCAACCUGCGGUUGCAGACGCUGCCACCCGUGCAGUUGGCGCAGAAGUACUUCCAGAUCUUCUCUGAAGAGAAGGACCCUCUCUGGCAGGAUCCCUGUGAGGACAAACGCCACAAAGACAUUUGGUCCAAGGAGAAGACUUGUGACCGCUUCCCAAAGCUCCUCAUCAUCGGCCCUCAGAAAACAGGCACCACAGCCCUCUACUUAUUCCUGGGAAUGCAUCCAGACCUAAGCAGCAACUACCCCAGCUCAGAGACCUUUGAGGAGAUUCAGUUUUUUAACGGCCACAACUAUCACAAAGGCAUUGACUGGUACAUGGAGUUCUUCCCCAUCCCCUCCAAUACCACCUCUGACUUCUACUUUGAGAAGAGCGCCAACUACUUUGAUUCCGAAGUGGCGCCCCGGCGGGCAGCUGCCCUGUUGCCCAAGGCCAAGGUCCUUACCAUCCUCAUCAACCCUGCAGACCGGGCCUACUCUUGGUACCAGCACCAGCGCGCCCAUGAUGACCCUGUGGCCCUGAAGUACACCUUCCAUGAGGUGAUCACUGCUGGCCCAGAUGCAUCCUCGAAGCUGCGUGCCCUGCAGAGUCGCUGCCUGGUCCCUGGCUGGUAUGCCACCCAUAUCGAGCGCUGGCUCAGCUCCUUCCAUGCCAAUCAGAUUCUGGUCUUGGAUGGCAAACUGCUGCGCACAGAACCUGCCAAAGUGAUGGACACAGUGCAGAAAUUCCUUGGGGUGACCAAUACCAUUGACUACCACAAAACCUUGGCGUUUGAUCCAAAGAAAGGAUUUUGGUGCCAGCUGCUUGAAGGAGGAAAAACCAAGUGUCUGGGCAAAAGCAAGGGCCGGAAAUACCCAGAAAUGGAUCUGGAUUCCCGAGCCUUCCUGAAGGACUACUACCGGGACCACAAUGUUGAGCUUUCCAAGCUGCUGUACAAGAUGGGCCAGACGUUGCCCACCUGGCUGCGGGAGGACCUCCAGAACACCAGGUAGCCAUGGCCACCACUGCCAGACUGAACACGUGUGACAGCAGGGACAUCCCACUGUGUGCUGAGCCAGACUGACCUGCAGAGAGAAAGCGGGCCAGGCUAGCCAGGCACUUACAAGCAAUACUCUGCUGAGGCCCAUGCAGGGCCAGAAGGAGCGAGCAGGUCCACAAGCGCCUCAGAGCCUCCACUGCUGGGUCUGUGGCCUACUGGAUCUCCCCAACACCAGAGGUCCAUUCCGUUCACAAGCCUCCCUGGGGGAGGCCACUUCCUGUUGGUGGAAGGCCACUUCCUAUUGGUGGAAGGCCACUUCUUGGUAGGAGGGAGUCCACAAGACUCUCUCCUGUCCCUCACUGUGUUCUACUAACCACACCCUCUUCUUCAGCUCUUCCCCUGCUCCAGCAGGGUAGCCCCUCAGUAUUAGCUGCCAUAUUUUCCCUGUCCUCCAGACAGUAAGGGAGAAGAGCCCAGCUGGGUCUAUUGCCAAACCAGGGAGAAAGACUGGACAUUUCUCUUGAGUGUUUUGAGCCAGGGCCUUCACAGGGAUCAGCUGGGUGCCAGAGGUGGUCCUCAGGUGGAUGAGGGUGGCCACCUUAAGAGAUUCAUGCCACACCUCCAUGUUUGGCUUAGUACCUUCCCAUCUCAUCUUCCCUUUUGGGGAAAGAAUCUCUGGUCCCUACAGUUCCUACCCAGUCCUCAAGGCCUCUUCCAAGGCCAGGGGCGCUGCCAUGCCAUUUGGGUCCAGAGACUCUGGCGUUGAUCUCACCUGGCCUUCACCUGGGGUAUGACAGGUGUGGUGUUUCCUGUGGUAAGGGGCUGAGGAGGGUCAGGAGUCUGCAGUACACACGCCCCCAUGUACAUACAUCAUUCCUACCCACUGCCUCAGCCAGCAACAUGGCAGAGUUGUGGAGAUUGCUGCCCAUUGCUCUGCCCAUGUGACCUGUGGUGGAAGGCUCCCAGAGACCCCCUAACCUCUCAAAUACUAAGAAGCUAAAGUAUUUUAAUAUUUUGGUUUUUUUUUCUUGGUGCCAGAGUUAAACCCUGGGUGCUGGGGUUGCACUGUGUUACAUAUAUAUAUAUAUAUAUAUAUAAAU